UACAAAUUUGACAACACUAGUUUUUAGCAUUCGCGCUAGAAGAAGACAUUUUGUUUAAGUCUGAUAGGAAUUGUUAUUUAAUUGCUCUAGUUUUAUUUAAGAAAAAAUGUUUAAAUUAAUAAAUUUAGUUAAACCGGUGGGUAUUUUAUUAUGUAGAAAUGCUACAGCUUCUAAUAAUAACUUAUGGACUGUGGUAAUAAAUUGCCCAAAAUCUUUACAUACAAAUGUAACAAAAUGGUCGCAAGAAAAUGUCGAACAAAAACAAAAUAAAGAUUUUACAUUAAUGGACUUUAAAGGCGAAUGGCCUUUAGAAGAACUGGAAAAAUUUAAAAAGGAUAUGAAAUUAUUGCCGGAUUUCAUAAGUGAAUUGGAGGAGUCUCAACUUUUUGAAGAGGUGGAGCCUUACAUGAAACGUUUACGUUAUGAGUAUGAUCACUGGGAUGAUGCCAUACAUGGUUUUCGAGAAACCGAACGCAAACAUUGGUAUCCCCACAAUCGUGCUGUAUUGGAUCGUGUUAGUAAAGUAGGAUUUGAGGGGGAAAUAAUGCCAUUUAUACACAUAUUAGACUUGGCGCCGCAGGGUGUUAUUAAGCCACAUGUGGACAGUACAAGGUAUUGUGGUCACACUAUAGCCGGCAUAAGUUUGUUAUCGGAUGCAGUUAUGCGUUUGGUGCGCACCAAAGAGUCCUCAACUACUAGUACUAACAAUAAUGAACAAGAUAAUUAUCGUAAUCAACCAAAGGCUAUUUUAGAAAAUAAUUUCUAUGUCGAUAUUUUAUUACCCCGCCGUUCCUUGUAUAUAAUGAGGGAGAGCGGAGUGUGGUGGGUGGCGCUAAUUGUAUGGGUGAAAAUACAUUUACGAGAGGAAUUUAUACCCAAAAUAGUGGUGACAACUGGACACACACACAUACAUAAACUCUCAUAUACAGAUAACUGUAUAAAUAACAUAUUUAUGUUUACAUGUAUAUGGUUAAAUGAUAGAAGAUGGAGAAAGUGGUUGGGACGAGAUUACAGAAUUUAAUUCUGUAUGCUAAAACAAUUCAAAUAAAUGUUGACAAAGUUUUGAAAUUUACUGCUGACACUGACACUUUUACUGUCACUUGUUGUCUGAUGAGUACAACAAUCGGGCAGAAGCAUAACCCGACAUGUUUUUACAAUUGUCAUUGUCAUUGUGUUUAUGUAAAUAAUUCACAAAUUUUAUCAACCAUUGUUGUUGGCUAGAGUAUGCUAUUGUUGUUUAAAUUUUAUUGGCAAUUAUAGAAAAUUUGUCUUUUUUUGAUUUAUUUUAUUUAAUGGUAAUACGAUAAUAAUUUGAAGUAUUUCUGUUCAUUUUUUUUCUGGUAAUUUCUGUGUAAAUUUGAUUCAUUUUGAAUGACUGGCUGACUGACUGACUGUUUGUUAUUUGGAAUGUGCUUAAAUAUUUUACAAUAUGUUUUAAAAUGAAUGCUGCUUUUAUUGUACAAUAUGUUCAUACAUGUUUUGUUUAAUAUAUAAAUUUCUUUCUGAGGAGGAGUAAAAUUUCCAAAUGACUAAUUGGUAUUUACUAACUAAUUAAAUUGUUUGGUAAUGUAGUAAAAAAAAGCUGAAGUAGAGAAGAAAUGAAAAUAAUUAAUUUAAAAUGAAAUACAAAUUAAACCCCAAACUAACUAGACUUACUAUUUAAACUGCUUUAUUUAAAAGAAAAUCCUAGAAAUAAUUUUAGUUUUUUUUUAAGGUAACUGUAUGAAAUUUCUUUAGUACUUGCUUAAACGUUUAAAGGC